CCAAGAAGCCCCUUGUAGUUUCUUAAUUUCUAUACUUGCCCCGGUCCAAUAAGGGUUUUUGAGGGGGUUUCCAAUUUCAUCGUCACUUUCAUCAGUGUGAUUACAGUUAGGUUUUUUCAUUGCAGAGGCAGAUUCAUUACGCAGUGAAAUCAAGAUGAUGCUAUUAACAGAAAUCGCUAAAUCCAAACCCUUGACCUCAUCAAUCGAAACCCUAGGACAUCAAUUCAUACAGAAAUGCUUCGUCAGUCGAACAGCAAAGGGAAAAGGCAAAUUGAAAGCAGGGCAGCCAUUGAAAAGAUCAAAAGUUACAACGAGGAAAGGGGCAGAAGUUGCAAAAAAGGAACCACCAAGGAGGAAAAACGAAUUCGACGAAAUGGUUGAAGGUUGUUUGUCUUCUACUGCUCCACUGAGAUCAUUGAAGCCCAAAGAAAAAGCCCGAGAAGCUGAAAGGGAGAGAAUGGGUUUAAUUAGCAAAGCAAAAGAUGAAGAGCUAAAAAAGAUGAACAAGAUGAAGGAGGAGUUUGCGAAUCCAUGGCCAAUUGGGCCACCGGGUCUGGAUUUGAUUUCACUUGGGCUUGUUGAUGUGGAGAAGCUUCCCAAGUAUGAAUUGACAGUUGAAGAUGGAAGGAGGCUGGCGAAGGAGAACAGUAGGGUUUUAAUGCGCAAGCAUAGGCAAAGGCAGGCUGCUGAAACUACAUUGUUGAGGUUGAAGAAAGAGGCGAUUGAGGCGUUACCGGAGAAUUUGAAAGCUGCUGCUUUGGUUCCUGAUUUGACACCAUUUCCUGUGAAUCGGUUUAUGGCUACUUUGACGCCGCCUAUUGAAGGCUAUCUUGAGAAGGUUAUGGAGGCAGCUAAGAAGAGUUCUGCAAAGGAGAAGCUUAGAUGAUUGGAGGGUAAGUUGGAAUCGUUUUUUUACGGAGAUUGCAAGGUUUGCUGUUGAUCUUGUGGCAUUAGGAAUUCAUUAUUUAGCAGCAAGAUGGCACUGGAAAACAAGAAGUUGAAUAAGCCUUGUACAGGCAUAGACAAAAGCCUUGCAACAAUUCUCUUGUUUUGGUUAAACUGGUGUUUGUUUUUUUUGCUUUUGUGGUAUGCCAUUUGUCUUGCUACGCCACAAUAUGCUUGGUGUCCCUUGCACUAGGUUUGUAUUAGUUGGUACAUCUCUUGAUCAGAGUCGUAGCUUUUUCCCUUUCAAUCUGGUCAGGCUGCCACCAAUUUAUACAACAUUACUUAGCUAAGAUGCUCGUUUUUCUUUUCUUUUCUGACUAUAAAGUUUUCGUUCUUUAAUAGUAAGAAAGUGAUUCUAUUAUUAAAA